AUGGCCUCUCACUCCCAGUCCAGCCCUCGGCUAAGGUGCUCGGUCGAUCCUGUUGCGACCGAUAACACGUCAUCUAUGAAGCGAAGAAAGAUCCGUAAGGGAACACGCAGCUGCUGGGAAUGCAGGCAGCGAAAGAUGAAAUGCAUAUUUAACCAGCCGACGGAUACUAUAUGCAUCCGCUGUCGUCGGCGUGGUGUGAAUUGUGUCAGCCAAGAGUAUCCAGAAGAAAUCACAUCUUCUCUCGACCGAAGCUUACAGAUGGGGGAUCGCAUGGAAAAGGUUGAAAGAUUAAUCGAGCAGCUAUUGAACCGGGAUUCCGCGAACCAGUAUGUCUCUCGCACGAGCGAAGCAAAUGAACACAAUCAGGCAUUAUACGAUGAAACUCUCGCUUCCAAAUCGGCCAAUUUUAAUUCUUCAUUGACAGAGGCUUUAUUCAAGCCUUCAACGAAGCCUGAAACAUCUGAGUUUGAAAUAAUUGACAGCAAUUGUGAAGUUUCGAAGGCUGAAAAUGUUCGAACUUCAUUUAUCAGCUCAAAAAAAUACGAGAAGCUGUCCCGCGUUCUGCACGCGGUCUUGCCACCAGGAGAGGAUAUCAGUUCAAUUGUCAAGGCGUGCGGCAAUACAUCUUCGUUGUUCUAUCAGAUGCAAAUCGUACCUUACAAUGACCUUGACACAACCAGGUCACUUGAGAGCAUAUUUGAGCGGCCAGGCGCCAAUUUCCACCCGGUUCUCAUAGCGAAGUAUAUGCUCAAUACCGCGACAGCCUUGCAGCAUCUUCACCCUGACUUUGAUAAAGACAUGGCGGGACUGUCAGAGCCACCCCGCGAGAUGAUGAGAAGACUAGCUGGAGUAGCUAUCAAUGUUGUGACGACAAAUGAUGACCUUGUCAACUGCAUUGAAGGUCUAGAGUGCAUGCUGCUGGAGAGCUGGUAUCACACCAAUGGUGGAAAUCUACGGAAGGGAUUGGUCACGAUCCGGAGAGCCAUGACUAUUGCACAAUUGAUGGGCUUCCACCGACCAGGGAGGGCGCAGUGCAAGUCCGUACAUCGACAGACAAAAGCCUACCCUGAGUUCAUUUGGUUUCGAAUCAAUUCCCUCGAGCGAUACCUCUGUUUAAUGCUAGGUCUCCCGCAAACCACGCUCGAUCACAGCAUGGCUUCCGAGGCAGCUCUAUCGCGUGAUACAGCUAUGGGACGUCUUGAACGUAUUCACUGCGUGAUCACAUCACGACUUCUUGAGCGCAAUCAAUCAAACCCAGAUUUACAGAACUUCCAUCUUACACAGGAACUGGACGGUGAAUUGCAAAAAGCAUCCAGAUUUUUGACAGAUAAAUGGUGGCUUGCCCCAAACUUGGCCACAGUGGCUAGUCAACCAGCAGCGCUAUUCUGGGAUAUGCGACGCCUUUUUCACCAUUUGUUCCACUACAACCUCCUCAUACAACUUCAUUUGCCAUAUAUGCUCCAUGCUUCGGCAUCGGGACAAAAGUACGACUAUUCAGAGAUCACAUGUGUCAAUUCAGCGCGUGAAAUACUCUCGCGCUUUGUCAUGUUCCAUAGCUUCAACCGCAUUGCCUUCAGUUGUCGCACUGUUGACUUUUUUGGCUUGAUGGCGGCCAUGACACUUUUAAUUGCGCAUGUACAGGGACACCAAGGUUGCCGACAAAACCCUGCAAUGGUGACGGCUAAUGCAUUGGCUCAUCAAAGACCGAGUGAUCGCGGCCUGAUAGAGAAUGUGCAGGAGAUUAUGCUUGAAGUAAGUCGGCUAGGACUGGACACUAUGAGUGUUCAGAUAUCGAGCAUUCUUCAACGGUUGAUGGCUAUCGAGGCCGCAGCUGCAGACCUGUCUGUGCGUCACGCGGAGAGUGCACGGGAUACUAUCGCCGGGGAGGAUCUAUAUUCUGCAAGCAUCAACGACACUGUUGGGCUAUCAAUUCCUUACUUUGGUGUCAUUGGCAUUACUCAAAAUGGUAUCAUCUUUGAGAAUGCACCUGAAAAUCGGCCAGCGGCAGUAGAUUCCGCAAACCCAUGCGAGCCUCCUACACAAGUUGAGUCUGCGAACUAUCGCGACAUCGGUACACUCGGAGUCUCGGAAUCUGAUAUGCUCAAAUAUGGUAACCUACGGCAAUACGACCAAAAUUCUCAGUUGGCCUCUGGCGAGAAUGACGGGAUAAUCCAGGAUACUGAUAUAGCCUUCUUUGACGCUUUGAUGCGAGGCAUUGGCAAUGACGAAGACGACAGCAUAGACUGGCUUGCUUGGCUAAACGAUUUCUCUGGCUCCAAGUGA